GCCAGAGGUCAGGCUCCCGGCCUGCAGCUGGCCAUGGAGGAACUGGAGGAAGGAGAAGGCGAGACGCUUGUUGUCUGUCAUGCGUUACCGGGCUAAUCCACACCUGAAACACAGAGACAGCUGGGUCUCUCUCCGUCACCAUGACAGACAACAAGCGUCUCGCCUUCUCCAUCCUCCAGUUCCUCCAUGACCAGCUGCAGGCCGGGAGCCUGACCUCCGGGGCCCAGGAGAGUCUAGAAGUUGCUGUCCAGUGUCUGGAGACAGCGUUUGAGAUUUCGACUGAUGACCAGACGCUCGCCGUGCCCAUGACCUUACCGGAGAUCUUCGCCACGGCCACGGCCAAGCUUCCGUCUGAGUCUCAGGUCAACAACAACGCUGCUCCCCGACAGCCCCACAACUCUCUCAGCGAGGAACAGCGAGAAGAGGCCGAGGCGCUCAAAACAGACGGGAACGACCAGAUGAAGGUGGAGAACUUCUCGGCUGCUGUUGAGUUUUACUCCAAGGCCAUCGCCAUCAACCCUCAGAACGCCGUCUACUACUGCAACAGGGCUGCAGCCUACAGUAAACUGGGGAACUAUGCCGGCGCGGUCCAGGACUGUGAACAGGCCAUCUGCAUCGACCCAAACUACAGCAAAGCCUACGGGAGGAUGGGUCUGGCUCUGGCCAGCCUCAACAAACACACAGAAGCAGCCAGCUACUAUAAGAAAGCUCUGGAGCUGGACCCCGACAACGACACGUACAAAUCCAACCUGAAGGUCGCCGAGGAGAAGAUGGAGACGACCAGCCCAACAGGAGGGAUGGGUGGAGUGGAUCUGGGGGGUCUGCUCAGUAACCCCGGCUUCAUGAACAUGGCAUCGUCUCUGAUGAACAAUCCUCAGGUUCAGCAGCUGAUGUCGGGGAUGAUGUCCGGUGCCUACGGUGGGAUGCCUGCAGCGGCAGCGGGAGGAGGGGGAACAGGAGGCAUGGGGGCAGACCUGGGAGGACUGGGGGGACUGGGGGGACUGGGGGGACUGGGAGGACUGGGGGGACUCGGAGCAACGCUGGGAGGACUCGGGGGCGGAGCUGCACCGGGGCCGACUGCUGCCGCCUCGGGGGGAGAUUUAUCAGGACUCAUCCAGGCGGGGCAGCAGUUUGCUCAGCAGAUGCAGCAGCAGAACCCCGAACUCAUCGAACAGCUGAGGAGUAGAUCAGCCGGGGGUGGCGCUGACCGUGUGUGUGUGUGUGUCUCUCUGUGUGUGUGUGUGUCUCUCUCUCCUCAGGUGUCCACCGUGCUCCAGCAGCUGCAGAUCACCAGCGACUACCCUCUGGCCGAGACGAUGAUGAUGCUCGGCUUCUUCCUCACCGUGUUCGUGGAGCAGACCGUGCUCGCCUUCCGCAAGGAGCCGGCGUCCUUCAUCGACCUGGAGACCUUCAACGCCGGCGGCUCGGAUCCCGGCAGCGACUCCGAGUACGACACGCCCUUCAUCCCUCCGGCUCGGAGCUCCCCGGGCGCUCGCAGCUCCCACGGCCACCACGGCCACAACCACGGGCACUUCAGCCCCGCAGAGCUUGUGGGGGCGGGGCCUCUUCGGCUCGCCAGCCUGGUCCUGGCGCUCUCGGCGCACUCGGUGUUCGAGGGCUUGGCGCUCGGCCUGCAGGACGACCUCGCCAAGCUGGGCGGGCUCUUCCUCGGCGUGGCCGUGCACGAGACGCUGGCCGCCGUGGCGCUCGGGGUGAGCGUGGCCAAGGCGUCUCUGGGCAUGAGGGACGCGGCCAAGCUGGGCGUCACGGUCAGCCUGAUGAUACCGCUGGGCAUCGUGGUCGGGAUGGGCGUGGAGUCGGCUCGCACGCUGGCGGGCAGCGUGGCGUCCGUGGUGCUGCAGGGCCUCGCCGCCGGCACCUUCCUCUUCGUCACCUUCUUCGAGAUCCUGUCCCGAGAGCUGGACGACAAGCGCGACCGGCUGCUCAAAGUGCUGUUCCUCGUGCUCGGCUACGCGGUGCUCGCCGCGCUCGUCUUCGUCAAGUGGUGAUGAAGACACGUUGGGACCCUCCCCGCAAUACCAAAAGUUAAACUUAUGACCCCAUAAUCAGCAGGGCAGCAAACAGUCGACAGAAAAGCCAGUCGAGAUGAUCGGUCUCCCCGAGUUGGUCCAAAACCUGCCUCAGAACACCGACGAGACGAGACGAGACCUAAUACGUCUCCAUAGCAACAGGCGGCGCUACUCUGAA